CAUACACCUCCACCUUCACGGCUCCACUAUAAAAUCCAAUACCUUGCAUCAACAACAGAAAGCAAGAAUUGAACAGAGAAAAUGGGUUCUUUGAACAUAACAAAGAAUAAUAAGCCACACGCGGUGUUCAUGCCAUACCCAGCACAAGGACACAUAAACCCAAUGCUAAAACUAGCAAAGCUUCUUCACCACAAAGGCUUCCACAUCACGUUCGUUUACACCGACUACAAUCGCAACCGCCUUCUCAAAUCCAGAGGCUCCGACUCGCUCAGAAACCUACCAUCCUUCCGAUUCGAAACCAUCCCCGACGGUCUACCCGUGGACCCUAACCCUGUGGAUGCAACGCAGGAUGUACCGUUACUGUGUGACUCCACUAGUAAAAGGUGCUUGCCGCACUUCAAGAAGCUGAUUUCAGAGCUGAAUGUCGGUGAUAGCGGUGUUCCUCCGGUGACUUGCAUAGUAUCUGACGGAACGAUGAGUUUCGGGAUUGAGGCAGCGGAAGAAUUGGAGAUUCCGGUGGUGGUGUUUUGGACGGCUAGUGGGUGUGGGACCAUGUGCUAUAUGCACUAUCGCCAACUUGUUGAUAAAGACUUCACUCCCCUUAAAGACAUGAAUGAUAUCACAAAUGGGUAUUUGGAGACAACUAUCAACUGGGUACCCGGAAUGAAAGAGAUCCGAUUGAGGGAUAUGCCCAGCUUUAUCAGAACCACAGACCCAAAUGAUAUUAUGCUUAAUUUCUUUAUAAGAGAAUCCAAGAGAGCUCAAAGAGCUCAUGCAAUCAUAGUCAAUACAUUUGAUGCCUUAGAUCAUGAUAUCUUGGAAGCAUUCUCCACCAUUAAUAAUUUGCCACCUGUCUAUUCCGUUGGUCCUUUGAAUCUUCUACUAAACCAUAUCACAGACAAGGACUUGAAAUCCAUUGCAUCUAAUCUUUGGAAGGAAGAUCCAAAGUGUAUUGAGUGGCUAGACAAACAAGAGCCAAAUUCAGUGGUGUACAUAAACUUUGGUAGCAUCACAACUAUGACCAAUGAAAAUUUAAUAGAGUUUGCUUGGGGAAUUGCCAAUAGCAACAAAAAGUUUUUGUGGGUCAUUAGGCCAGAUCUUGUGGCUGGUGAAAAUGCUGUGUUACCUCCUGAAUUUGUGGAAGUGACAAAAAUUAGAGGCAUGUUAGCAAAUUGGUGUCCCCAAGAACAAGUUUUGGCUCACCCUUCAAUUGGGGUGUUUUUGACACACAGUGGUUGGAACUCAACAUUGGAAAGUAUGUGUGGUGGUGUGCCCAUGAUAUGUUGGCCCUUCUUUGCUGAGCAACAAACCAAUUGUAGGUUUUGUUGUACGGAAUGGGGAAUUGGGUUGGAGAUUGAAGAUGUUAGGAGGGACAAAAUUGAGAGUCUUGUGAGGGAGUCAAUGGAUGGAGAGAAGGGUGUUGAUAUGAAACAAAAGGCUUUGAAAUUGAAGAAAUUAGCAAAGGAAGCUGCUUCUGCCCCAAAUGGAUCCUCAUUUCAGAAUCUAGACAAGUUGAUUCAUCAAGUUCUCUUGAGCAAAUUUGCUAAAAAUUGAAGUGUGGUUUAGAUGGAAUAAGGUGUCGUUUUUUUAUGAUAGCUAGUGAGAAAAUAUUUUAAUUCUAAUAAUUUCUGUCUUCCUCUGUAGAUUCGUAUAGAACGAAAUUGUUGAGUUGAUGAAUGAAUGAAAUAAAAUAGAUAUGUGAAUUAUUUCUAAAAA